CAUCCCUAUAUAUAUAUAAUUGAUAUCUAGACAGACAGGUUGAUAGAUUAUAAAGAAAGAGAUAUAUAUAUAUAUACACAGAGGGGCCGGGAGAGAGAGAAAAGAUCAGUAAGGGUUAAUUUCUGAAAAGAAAAAGCCUUGCUUUCCUCUAAACAAAAGAAGCAGCAGCAGCAGCAGCAUCAUCAUCAUCAACAACAUCAUCAUGGCCUCAUCCAACAGGCACUGGCCUAGCUUGUUCAAGUCCAAACCUUGCAACACUCACCACCAAUGGCAAUCUGACAUCAACCACUCUUCUUCUCUCCUUUCAAGCUCCUGCCAGAAACCUCCCUUCUCUUCUGCUGGUUCAGUAAAUGAUGAGAGAACUCCGGAGCCAAAACCAAGAUGGAACCCUAAACCGGAGCAAAUCAGGAUCUUGGAAGCAAUCUUCAACUCAGGCAUGGUGAAUCCUCCCAGAGAUGAGAUUCGCCGGAUAAGAGCUCAGCUUCAGGAGUACGGUCAGGUCAGCGACGCCAAUGUCUUUUAUUGGUUUCAGAACCGCAAGUCUCGGAGCAAACACAAGCAACGUCAGCUCGCCGGCCGCUCACCUCGCUCUAACACCACAACCAUCACUACUAAUGCUAUUACUAACACUAGUCAUGCAAUCAAAGCUUUUGAUCCUUCUUCAUCUUCUUCAUCAUCUUCCGACCGAUCAUCAGGUGGUUCAGAUAAAACUCCUCCACCACCAACUUCAAUGGUAAAUUCCAUCAUUGAAUUGUCAGCUUCACCUACACCAUCAGUGAACCAGACAUUGAUACAUGGCACUACUACUCACACUGAGCUCUCCGGUGAGCAUUUCUUCUUCCCAGCACCACCACCGCAGGGAUACUACUUCUCUGAUCUCAUGGGUGUUGUCUCUGCUCCGGAGAAUGGCCUCUGGAGUGAUCUUAUCUCACAAGAGAAUGCAAAAGCUGGUGCUGGUGCUGGUGCUGGUGCUAUGGAUGUCACUGAGAUGACCACAAACACAAACACUGCAAAUAAUACUAUUACUAGUCAUGUCAAUGAGUUACAAGGAAUGGGAGGGGUGAAUAAAUUGAUGGUAUUUAUAAAUGAGGUGGUGUUCGAGGUGGUGGCCGGGCCGCUGAAUGUCCGGGAAGCAUUCGGGGAGGAGGCGGUCCUCCUCCACGCCUCCGGCCAACCAGUGCUCACCGAUGAAUUUGGUGUCACUCUGCAACCCCUUCAACAUGGAGCUUCCUACUAUUUGGUUUAAGGGAAUUGGAGAACUUGGAUGUAAUGGAGUUUUUCUUUUUGUGGUCUUUAAUGGUCCUUUAUUGUCAUUAGUAUUAUAUCCAUGUCUUGUAUCUUGUUGUAUUUCUCAAGGACUAAUUAAGCUUCUC